AUGGGUUGUACAUCAUCCUCUGCGGAGCCGGCGCGCGAACCCGUCACGGAACGCGUGGUGGUGGAGAGCGAGGUCGUCCCGGAAACGGACAUGGAGGACUGGCCGCUCGCCAAGCUAAGAGAGCGGCUCGCCGCUGCGCCUGCGGAGGCGCCGCUAGCGGCGGUGGUCACGACUGGCGCCAUGAACCCGCCGCACGCCGGCCACGCCCAGAUGCUGCACCAAGCGGCGGCGCGUCUGCAGGAGGACGGCUUUGAAGUGGUGGGCGCGUGGGUCUCGCCGAGCCACGACGGCUACGUGCAGCCCAAGGCGUGGAGCCUGCGCACCGUCGGGCUCAGCGCGGCGUUCCGGCUCAAGCUCGCGGAUCAUGCCACAGAGGACGACCGGCUCGUGGCCGUGGGUGCGUGGGAGGCGCAGCAGCCGGGCGAUUGGCCGGACUACCCCUUGGUGGCCAAGGCGCUGCGCGAGCGGCUGCAUGCGCUCGCCGUCCUCGAGGAUGGCGCGCUCUCGCGACUGCGCGACGCGCGAGUCUUCUACGUCUGCGGCACCGACCACGCGCAAAAAUGCGGCCUGUACGGCGGCGGGCUGAAGCACGCCGCCGGCGUCGGCACCGUCGUCGUGCCGCGCGCGGGCGACAUGCCGUCCGCCGCGCGCGCCGUCGCCGGCUGGGGACCUUACAUUGCCCAGCCGGCGGCGGGCGACGUCGCCAGCUUCUCGUCCACCAGAGUGCGCUCCGCCAUCGCGGCGAAAGACGCUGACGCGGUGCGCACAAUGCUGUCGGCAAGCGCAGCGCGCUUCCUGCUGCAGCCAACGGCGGAGGAGCACGAGUGCUACAGCGCCGACUACGAGAAGCUCGGCGUGUCACCGCCGCCACCGACGAGUACGGAAGGCGUGGUGGUGGAGGGCGAGGCCGUCCUGGAAGCGGAGGUCGAUCGGGCGAAUGAUGACGGCACGACGCCGCUGUACGCCGCCUGUGAGAAGGGUCACGUCGACGCGGCGCGGCUGCUGCUGGACAAAGGCGCGGACGUUAAUCGGGCGAACAAGGACGGCUGGACGCCGCUGUACGUCGCCUGCCUUCAGGGCCACGUCGACGCGGCGCGGCUGCUGCUGGACAACGGUGCGGACGUUAAUCGGGCGAACAAGGACGGCUGGACGCCGCUGUACGUCGCCUGCCUUCAGGGCCACGUCGACGCGGCGCGGCUGCUGCUGGACAACGGUGCGGACGUUAAUCGGGCGAAUAAGUACGGUGCGACGCCGCUGUUCUCCGCCUGCUACAACGGCCACGUCGAUGCGGCGCGGCUGCUGCUGGACAAAGGCGCGGAGGUCGAUCGGGGCGGCGCGCUGUACAUCGCCUGCCAGAACGGCCACGUCUACCUGGCGCGGCUGCUGCUGGACGAAAGGGCGGACAUCAAUCGGGCGAAUGAGGAUGGCGCGACGCCGCUGUUCAUCGCCUGUCAGCAGGGCAAAACCUACGCGGCGCGGCUGCUGCUGGAGAAAGGCGCGGAGGUCGACCGGGCAAAGGAGAGCGGUCAGACGCCGCUAUGGAUCGCCUGCGAGGGCGGCCGCGUCGACGUGGCGCGGCUGCUGCUGGAAAAAGGCGCGGAGGUCGAUCGGGCGAACAAUGACGAUGAGACGCCGCUAUUCAUGGCCUGCCGGGCGGGCUACGUCGACGUGGUGCGGUUAUUGUUAGAUAAGGGCGCGGACGUUAAUAAGGCGGACAAGCUCGGUACGACGCCGCUGGACGCCGCAAAAGAAGAGGGCGACUCGGCUGUAUACAACAGUAAUAAGAAAAAGGUCGUCGCGCUCCUCGCGGAACAUCAUCGGAGGCUCCUCGAAGCGCGUAUGAUGGAGGCCGAGCCCUGGGCGCCGGAGGGCGAGACGUAGGAACACCUAAGUAUGACUACGCAAGGAACAUGAGUGGCCGUUACGCGAGUCCCCCCGAGACCAGGGA